AUGACUCCGAAAAAUGAGAACUACGAGCUCAACAGAGCCAGCUCCUCCCAUCACGAUGAAAACUGCGAAAAUCCGCCGAGCCCUACCUCUGAGGUCGAUACCGAGAAAGAGAAGCGACACGGUAUAGUUUUCGACUAUAUGCGCCCAGAAGACCGCGAAGAAUUGUCGCGGAUUGCGUCGAACUUCCCUCGGCAGCGGGCCACCGAUUCUGACAUCUCCGGCAUGACAGCUGUCGAGCGCAAAGAUACAUUGGAAAAUGUCGAAUUAGGGGACCCAGUCCUAGAUCCCACGAGCGAUCAAUUUGAUCAUUACAAAUGGGUUCGCAUGAUGCUGAAACUUCUGGAUAAGGAGGGUGUGCCUUUUCGAAAGUCGACCGGCGUUGUUUGGAAUGAUCUCAACAUAUCCGGGUCGGGAUUUGCACUGCAGUACCAGAAAAAUGUGGGCUCAGUUGCAUUGGCUCCCUUCCGACCUCAGGAGUAUAUCUCUUGUGGGAAGCGUACCUCGCAGAAGCAGGUUCUGCGCAAUUUUGACGGUUUGUUUAAAGCUGGUGAGCUGUUGAUUGUGCUUGGACGACCCGGGAGUGGCUGUUCGACAUUACUCAAGACGCUUGCAGGUGAGCUGUAUGGGUUGAAGCUAGGAAAGGGCUCGGAUAUCCAGUACAAUGGUAUCCCCAUGGAGAGGAUGCAUAAGGAGUUCAAAGGAGAAGUUCUAUACAACCAGGAGGUUGACAAGCACUUUCCUCAUCUUACUGUCGGCCAGACACUGGAAUUUGCUGCUGCUUGUCGGACCCCAGAGAAUCGGUUGAAAGGGAUCAGUCGGACGCGUUUUGCCAAGUAUAUCACUCAGGUGGCCAUGACUGUGCUGGGGUUAAGUCAUACGUACAAUACCAAAGUCGGCGAUGACUAUAUUCGAGGUGUGUCUGGCGGUGAACGAAAGCGAGUCAGUAUUGCAGAGAUGAUACUUUCUGGGGCCCCAGUCGGAGCAUGGGAUAAUAGCACUAGAGGCUUGGACUCUGCCAGUGCUUUGGAAUUUAUCAAAUCCCUCCGAGUUUCCGCAAACCUGACAGGCAGCGCUCAUGCAGUUGCAAUCUACCAGGCUUCUCAGGCAAUCUACGACAUCUUUGACAGGGUUAUAGUGUUGUACGAGGGCCGGGAAAUCUUUUUCGGUCCUUGCAGUAAAGCGAAGGGUUACUUCUUCGACAUGGGCUGGGACUGUCCACCGCGCCAAACUACCGGUGAUUUCUUGACCUCCGUCACAAAUCCACAGGAGCGCAAGGCUCGAGAUGGCAUGGUGAACAAAGUUCCUCGCACGCCUGAUGACUUUGAGAAGUACUGGAAGAACAGUCCGCAUCACACGGCUCUGCAGAAGGAGAUUUCUCAGUAUCGAGAAGAGUACCCAGUUGGCGGAGCUGCUGAGAUGGACUUCACCGCAACGAUGAGACAGAGGCAGGCAAAACAUGUUCGACCAAAAAGCCCCUAUGUCAUCUCAAUUCCAAUGCAAAUUAAACUUUGUACGAAGAGAGCUUAUCAAAGAAUAUGGAAUGACAAACCUGCUACACUGACAACCGUUAUUGGGCGCAUUGUUAUGUCUCUCAUUAUUGGAUCAAUCUAUUUUGGAACACCUCAAGCAUCUGCAGGUUUCCAAAGUAAAGGCGCGGCGCUUUUCUUCUCGGUUCUGAUGAAUGCUCUCAUCAGUAUCACGGAGAUCAACUCGCUCUAUGACCAGCGACCUAUUGUUGAGAAACAGGCUUCCUACGCUUUUGUUCACCCAUUUACGGAGUCUCUAGGGGGUAUCGUUUCUGAUAUACCUGUCAAAUUUGUGUCUGCCGUGGUGUUCAAUGUCAUCUUCUACUUUUUGGCCAGCUUGCGAUACGAACCUUCUCAAUUUUUCAUCUUCUUCCUCUUUACUUUCCUGAGUACUCUCGCAAUGUCUGGUGUUUUUCGAACACUUGCUGCAUCCACAAAGACUCUCGCCCAGGCCAUGUCUCUGGCGGGAGUAAUAGUGCUGGCUGUUAUCAUCUAUACUGGAUUCGUGAUCACCGUGCCAGAGAUGAGCUCUAUUCCCUGGUUUAGUUGGAUUCGAUGGAUUAAUCCCGUGUUCUACACCUUCGAAGCUUUGAUUGCGAACGAGUUCCACGGCCGUCAAUUUGAGUGCUCACAAUUCAUCCCCGCGUAUCCAAGUCUCACAGGGGAUUCGUUCAUCUGCGCUAUCCGAGGCGCCGUGGCAGGCGAACGGACUGUCUCUGGCGAUGCCUAUAUUGAGACACAGUAUACCUAUACAUAUGCGCAUGAAUGGCGCAAUCUUGGUAUCUUGAUUGGAUUCUGGAUCUUCUUCAUAGCCAUAUAUCUUCUUGCCUCUGAGCUCAACUCGUCGACCUCCUCCAAGGCUGAAUUCCUGGUCUUCCGUCGUGGCCAUGUACCCGCUCAGUUGCGCCAUCUUGAUAAGGCAGGAGGUGAUAACGGCUCAGCGAGGGUCAGUCAGCAACAGAAGCACCCGGAGGAUGGGACAGAGCCCUCGGCUAUUCCAGCGCAGCACGACAUCUUUACAUGGAGAAAUAUCUGCUAUGACAUACCAGUUAAGGGUGGCGAACGGCGUCUUCUUGAUAAUGUUUCUGGCUGGGUCAAACCUGGCACUUUGACAGCUUUGAUGGGUGUAUCCGGUGCUGGAAAGACAACGUUACUCGAUGUUCUGGCAAAACGUGUCUCCAUUGGUGUCGUCACCGGAGAUAUGCUUGUCAAUGGCAAACCAUUGGAUACUAGCUUCCAGAGAAAAACGGGUUAUGUCCAACAGCAAGAUUUGCAUCUCUCAACUACUACUGUCCGAGAGGCACUUCGGUUCAGUGCUAUGUUGCGUCAAGCCAAGACUGCAUCUAAGAAAGAGAAAUAUAAGUACGUUGAGGAAGUUAUCGACAUGCUUGGUAUGCAAGACUUUGCAGAUGCCAUCGUCGGGACGCCGGGGGAAGGUUUGAACGUGGAGCAGAGAAAGCUAUUGACCAUAGGAGUCGAGCUGGCUGCUAAACCUGCGCUUCUUAUUUUCCUCGAUGAGCCUACGAGCGGGUUGGACUCGCAGAGCUCAUGGGCUAUUUGCGCUUUCUUGGGAAAGCUUGCUAAGCAUGGCCAAGCGGUUUUGUCGACCAUUCAUCAACCCAGUGCGCUGUUGUUUCAGCAGUUUGACCGUCUACUAUUCCUCGCCAAGGGAGGAAAGACUGUCUAUUUUGGAGGCAUUGGAGAUCAAUCGCGUAUUUUACUGGACUACUUUGAAGGUAAUGGAGCUAGGGUUUGUGCCUCGUCUGAAAAUCCUGCGGAAUACAUGUUGGAAAUUAUCGGUGCCGGAGCUUCUGGAAAGUCAACCAAAGACUGGUCCCAGGUGUGGAAUCAAAGCCAGGAGGCCAAGGCCGUCCAAGUUGAGAUCGACCAUAUUCACGAUGAGCGAGCCUCGGCAACUACCAACGAUGAAUCCGAAUCCCAGAGGAGUGAAUAUGCAAUGCCUUUCGGCUCCCAGCUAUGGCAUGUCACAUAUCGCUCGUUCCAAGGCAUCUGGCGUGAGCCGUCCUACGUGUGGGCGAAGGUCAUGCUUGGAACAAUGUCAUCACUGUUCAUUGGAUUCACAUUCUUCAAACCAAAUAACUCUUUACAGGGGUUCCAGGAUGUUAUAUUCAGCGCCUUUAUGGUGGUAUCGAUAUUCUCAACAUUGGUACAGCAAAUUAUGCCAAAAUUCGUGGUCCAACGCUCUCUCUACGAAGUUCGCGAACGGCCCUCAAAAGCCUAUUCCUGGGGCGCCUUCCUGAUCGCAAACGUUCUCGUGGAAAUUCCAUACCAAAUUUUUGUCGGCGUGAUCAGCUGGGCCUGCUACUAUUUCCCGGUCUAUGGUGCAAACCAAGCCUCCCAGCGGCAAGGCCUGAUACUCCUCUUCAUCGUGCAGUUCUAUGUCUUCACAUCUACAUUCGCUAGCAUGGUUAUUUCAGCAUUACCGGACGCCGAAACAGGCGGCACCAUCGCCACACUGAUGUUCAUCAUGACCCUGACCUUCAACGGUGUCUUGCAGCCGCCCAGUGCUCUGCCGGGGUUCUGGAUCUUCAUGUACCGUGUCUCGCCGCUGACAUAUCUCAUAGCCGGUAUCACGGCGACGGGUUUGCACGGGCGCCAGAUUCAUUGCUCGGAUGCCGAACUGAGUGUCUUUAAUCCUCCAACUGGACUGACCUGCGGCGCGUACCUUGAUCCGUAUGUCAAGGCCUCUGGCGGUCAGCUGUAUAACCCUGCUGCUACGAGUGGGUGUCAGUUCUGCCAGCUAUCAAAUGCGGAUCAGUAUCUGGCUUUUAGUAAUAUCUACUACAGCGAGCGCUGGCGUAACUACGGGCUUGGAUUUGCCUAUAUCGGAUUCAAUAUAGCUGGCACUGUUUUGAUGUACUACAUGUUCCGGGUGAAACACUACAAUCCAAAUUCGUUAGUGCGAGGGAUUAGGAGUGGUGCUUCAUUUCUUUGCCGGGUAUUCAAGCGGCAUUCUGGAAAGACGCCAAUGGGUAAGGAGGCAGAGAAUGGUCGGCUUGUUUGA